UUUUGGAGCUGUCAAAGUUCUCUCUCUGCGUGUGUAUAUAUUGACAUUUUUGUUCAUUAUUUUCUUUGUGCAAUGAAACGCUGAUAUCUUCAAGUUAUUUUUCUUAUCAAAAAACAAUCUCCUUGUGUUUGGAGAUGAUUUUAAAAAAGGAUUACAAUAUCAAGGAUGAUCGUUAAAAAGGGAAAUAAAAUAAAAAGACGCAAGAAACUCAGGAAUUUCAAGGGCUUGGUUUAAACGUCAUAUAUAUUUUUCACGUCAUUCCCACUAUAUAUAUUAAGUGCGAUUACACAUCCGUUUAGGUUAAUCAGUUUAAGGGUGUAUUUCUAUAAUUAAAAUAAUUCAAAAUAGAAAGAAUGGCAACUGACGUGGAAGAGUCCGAUACUGAUGAUCAUGAUCGACCGGAUCCUCCAAAACGGCAACGCACACGUCCUACUGUCACAAAUGUUGAACAUAAGGAAGAAUCGACCGUAAGAGUACGAGACAAUGAAUGGGCACCUGUCGAUGAAGAAGAAACGCAAGAAUUUGACGAGGAAGAAAGAUUGUCAAGGGAAAAGCUUAAGGGCUGGCAGGCCUUUCAAGUUGCAAAGGGUUUUGUUGACAAUACAAUAAAUCAUGUAAUGGAACACUAUAUAAUGGCAACAACUGGAAAUUUUUUCCUCGAAGAUCCAUGGAUGCGUUCAUUUCAUGGCGAUGAAAUGGAAGACACCGCAGUCUCAAUGGCAAUAAGAAAUCAUGGAUUAGUUCCAUCAAUGAAUAAUUUAUCGCAAGCAAAUUCAUUUUUUGCCGGAACGACAGUUAAUUAUUUUAGUAAUCAAGAUUAUUCAUUGAAUUCAACUGGAAUCAAUGAUAAUUUUACUGGUUCAACAUCGUCGUCAUCAUCAUCGUCAUCAUCAACCACAGCACCUGUAAUGACAUCAGCUCAUCAUCAUAAUCAUCAAGUGGAAAUUAAUUCCGAAAGAAAUUGGAUCGAGGAGAAAACUGAUGAGAGCGAUCAGGAACAUGAUUUUCUUGAGCGUGCUGUUGCUGAAGCCAUUAAAAAAAAGGGACUCAGUACAUUGAGCGUUGAUUAUGGAUAAAUUAUUUAUUCCUUUAAUUUCCGUCCACAAAAAAUAUUAACAUCAUUCUUAAUUCAUUAUUAUUAAUGGUUCGUAUCUUUUUUUCUAUUUUAUUUACAAAAAAAGAAAAAAUCAAAAAAUUAUAAUUUUUUUUUAAAGGAGAAUUAAUAGUCAAAACAAAAGUUAGUACAAGUAUUUUCCAUGUUUUUAAAUUAUAGGAACAAACAAUAUUUCAUUAAAAAAUGUGGACAAUUUUAUUUUUAAUUCAUUGAAAUUUGCAAAAAUUAAGAGAAAACAAGUUUUGGACAGUAAGAAACUAUUUUUGGGGAUUACAGUUUCUUUUUUCAUGAAAAAUUAAUUGAAAAAAUGAAUUGUUUACCGAAAAUAGAUUACAAAAUGGUGAUUAAAAAAAAUUGAUAGCUAGAACCGAUUAAUUUCUUUUAAAAAAAAGUUAAUUUUCAUUUAUUUUAAAUGUUAACUAAUUGAAUCAAAAUAAAUUAAUUUGAUUAUUAUUGAUUAUUAAUAAUAAUAAAUUAAAAUUUGGAUAAUUUGAAACUUAAAUUAAAACAAAAAUUAACAUUCUAAUAAUUUCAAACACGUAAAUUAAUUCAAAAUUUGGACAAAUGGAAAUUUUGAGAAAUUAAAAAUUAAAUUUAUUAAAAUUCUGAUAAUUUGAAACGUAAAUCAAUUAAAAUUCGUAAAAAAAAAAAAAGUGAAAAGGGUAAUAAAUUUUUAGAAAUACGUGAAUUAGGCGAAAAAGGGUAAAACUGUGAUCCCUGUAUUUUACUAUUUUAUUUUUAAAUUAUAAAUUAAUGUUUUAUUUAGAGAAAACGAAAAUAUAAAAUUGCACCAAUUUUUUUUUGAUCAGUUAAAUUUUUCUUUUUCAUAAACGAUAAUUCAUUACAAUCAAAAGUUUUAUUUAAAAAAAAAAAACUUGGACAAAUUAAUUAAUUUUUUUCAAAAUCUUUUUCAUUCAUUAAUGUUUAGAAUAAACGAAUAUUAUUUCCGUGAAAUAAAAAUGCAAAAUACAAUGAAAAUAAAAUGCAAAAUAUAUGAAAAUAGAAAGUAAUAAUUAAAAAAAAUAUAUAUAUAAAAAUAGAAGUGAAAAUUUUAAUAAUUAAAUAAAAAUGAAAAAAUAACAAAAAAAAAAGUAGAAAAUAACUAUAAAUAAAAGUAGAAGUUAAUAAAUAAAAAUAGAAAAUUUCAAAUAAAUAAUAUUCGUUUAUUUUUAAUCAUUUUCGUUUUUUUUCAAUUGACAAUUUUUUUUUUUUAUUGAGACAGAUUGAGACUUUAUAAUAUCCACGGUAGAUCUGAUUAUUAUUAUUAUUAUUAUUAUUAUUAUUAUUAAUUUUCAUUAAAAUAAAAUAUUUCAAAUAAAGAGCCUAGUCCUCUAGAAAAUGUGCAAUUGGACAGAUUACAUUUAAGAGUAUUAGAUUUCUUUUUUAUUUUAAGAUAAUAUCUCAUCUAAAAUAUACAAGAGAGAGAUAUUUAUUAUUAUUAUUAUUCCUGGAAGUAUAUCAAUCCAAACGCACAUUAUAAUGUUCUCUAAUAUACUGUGAAUCCAUAAGUUUUCUUAUAUAUAAAGAGAAAAAACAAAAAAGUUAGAGUUGUCUCUAUGCCAAGGGCAGUGCCAGAACAAAAUAAAUUUUAAUUCAUAAUUAUCAUCUAUAUGUAAAGAUAAUUGCGAUAAAAAAAAAGUCGACAGCUACGGUAUUAUUAUUAGUAAUAACAAUAAAAAAAUAAUAAUUAUUAUAACAAUAAUAAUAAUAAAAUACAGUCAAACCUCGUUAAGUGAGAUUCAUUCAGGAAAUAAUUCGUCUCACAAGAAAUCACACAUUUGUCCGAUGACAGAAUUUUUUUGGAUUUAAAAUUAAUUUCAUUUUUUUUUUUAAGAAUACAUGAAAUUUCACUUAACGAGGUUUGAGUGUAAUAAAAUAAUAAUAAUAAAACUCAAUGUUCCUUUAUAGCGAACUUGCUUCGUAUAUUGAUAUCGAAUAUAAGACUUUAGCUUUGUCGACAUUUUAGUAUAUAGUAUAUAUUUGAAUAUUGAACAAAGAUUAUUAUUAUUAAUAUUAUAAAAUGAAAAAAUAAUUUUUUAGAGAAAAAAAAAAGACAAUUUUCUAAGAAUAUUGUAACCAUUCCACUAGUUUUUAGUAACUUCACAUUUAUAUAAAGACAAUUUUAUAUAUAAUUUUUUUUUUUUUCAUUCAUCCAAUAAAAUUAUUGUGACAUUUUUGAAAAAUAAAAAUUCUAUUUUUAUUUUUAAAAAAUGCAUCAAAAUAAUUAUAAUUCAAUGUCUAUACUUAUAUAAUAUAUCUAAACAAAAUAUAUUUACAAAAGAGUAUAUAUUCGUAUUAAAAUUUUAGUAUUUGUCGAAUUAGUUUGUAGCUGAUAAAAAUACUAUUUAACUAACUAAUUGUUAAGUCAACUAAAAAAAAGUCAAAUUAAUUGAUUUAACAGUUUUAGUUAAUUACAUUUAAUUAUAAAUAUAUGAUAAAUAUAUAUAUUAUUCCAAUUCAUUAGAUAUUACUUGUUUAAAAAAAAAAGACUUUAUAUUGUCCAUAAAGUAUUACUCUCAUUUUUUUGAAAAAAAAAAGAUAAA